CGCAGUACACACCUCCUAAUGUUUGUAAUAUAAAUAUUGAUUUCCGUCAGGGGCCACUAGAUGACCCUCUUGGGAUGUCGCGGCUCUCUGGUCAUUUCGAGUAACGAGCACUUAAAUUGCAAAGGCGCAUGGUGAAAAGGUGCUCGACUCAUCCGCUAAGAGGAGAUGUUUGCUAAUUCCAAGUCAAACAUCAAAACAACCUUGAAAUAGGCACACUAAAUAUAUUUUUAUCCUUUUCUUUUCUUUUCUGUCACAAUUCUCCUUUUUUUCAUCCCAAGUCUAACGGGAAGGAACUACCCUCGAAGCCUUGACAUUUAAACUCAAUUUAACACCUACCCGCCAUUGCGAUUGCCUACAUACGUAUCUACCUACCUACCUGGGGUAGACACUAUACCUAUUUGAAAGGGCACAGAGGUAAAAAGCAAGAGCGAAUAUAUGCAGGAACGUGCCUCACAAACGUCUUAAGAUCAGAUAACAGGGACCCGAUAUUGCAUAUUUCCCAACCAGCAAAUCGAAAUACAUAUACAUAUACAUUAUACUUUGCUUGCUCAGCUACCUAACACACAUACCCGGUAUCCAAGAUACGCGAUCCACCCCUUCGCGAGGGUGGGAGAAAAGGGGAAAGGGGUAAGAGGGGGGGCACAAUGUGCACUACAACCCACUUCCGCAGCCGCACCUGCCGGCACCACUGGCUGCAGAUCCGCACGCAGUGCUGGCCGGGCCACGGGUUCAACACGUGCCCCACGUUCGGCGACGGCGUGGCGCGGGAGGCGUCUCCCCUCGUCACGGUGGCGGGCCGCUGCCCGGCCUGCGUCAUGCCCGGCCAGUACGACAUGCACCUCGUGCGCAUGAUCGUCGAUAUCCAGGACCGCGUGCGCUGGGGGUUGGGGCCGAGUAGGGGGGAUCCCGGGUGUGAGUGUGGUGUUAUGUGAUGAUGUGAUUGCGGUUGAGGUACUGGGAGCUGGGGCAGGGGAGUGGGAUGGGAUGGGAUGGAAUGAGCAAGCAGGUUGGGGAGAUGGACUAGAGUGAGAAGUGUCUGCCUGUCUUCGUGGUGUUGUGGGCCAACAUGAGGUGGAUGGCGGAGGGCAUAGCAUACGUACACCUUAACUUCUACGGUGAUACCCAGCACCUGGACAGACUUACCAAUUACCUACCUAGAUAAUCGACCCCCAAAACAUGAGCGGGGCAUGCGAUGACAGACACUCUUAACUGUGGUCGAGUUGAGACAAAACACCUACCAUAAGGAAAGGCAAUCAGCAUA